AACUCCACGGCGCUCCACGGCAAGUCUACGACCGCAGACUCCCGGGAUUUGGGUAAGGGGCUCGAUCGAUUACACUUGAAGGAAAUUUUUCCCUUGUUAUAUUGGCCCUUUGACUCAAUUUCACCAUGGCCGACUUCCUACUUUUCGAGGGCCCUAUGGGCUACGGACUUUUCAAGGUCGCCCACCAGGGUGACAGCGUCGGCAAUCGCUUGAAGGAGGUCCAGGAUGGUGUUAACGAUCUUUCUAAGUUUGGAAAAAUGGUUGAGUUGGCUAGUUUCCUCCCAUUCGAGAACAACAAGAUGGCUUUGAGCGAAAUUAACGAUGUCUCGGAAGGUGUUGCCUCCGAUACUCUUAUUUCCUUCCUCGAAUUGAACCUUCCUAAGCCUAACAAGAAGAAGAAGAUUGUUCUGGGCGUCCUGGACAAGGCUUUGGCCGGAAGUAUCAAGUCUGCCUUUUCUUUCGUUGACUGCGAAACCGGCGACACCAGCGAGGUUGUCCAAGACAUGCUCCGUGGUAUCAGGCUUCACGCUACCAAGUUGCUGAAGCAACUCCGUGAGGGUGAUAUGGACACUGCUCAACUUGGUCUUGGUCACGCUUACUCCCGUGCCAAGGUCAAGUUCUCUGUCCAGCGUGACGAUAACCAUAUCAUCCAGGCCAUUGCUAUCCUUGACCAGCUCGACAAGGCUAUUAACACAUUCUCUAUGAGAGUUCGGGAGUGGUACUCGUGGCAUUUCCCUGAGCUCAUCAAGAUCGUUUCGGACAACCAGCGCUAUGCGCAAAUCGCUCUGUUCGUGAAGGAUAAGACCACUCUGACUGACGACAAAUUGCACGAUCUUGCUGCUCUUGUGGAGGACGAUGAGGGCGUUGCCCAAAGCAUUAUUGAUGCUGCGAAGCACAGUAUGGGCCAAGAGAUUUCUGAGACCGACAUGGAGAACGUCACCGCUUUUGCGCAAAGAGUCGUCAGCCUUUCUCAGUACCGCAAGUCUCUGCAUUCGUACCUGACUUCCAAGAUGAGCGUUGUUGCCCCCAAUCUUGCUGCCUUGAUUGGAGAGAUCGUUGGUGCUCGUCUCAUUUCGCAUGCCGGAAGCUUGACCAACCUUUCCAAAUACCCCGCUUCCACUGUGCAGAUUCUCGGUGCUGAGAAGGCUCUCUUCAGAGCCUUGAAGACUAAGGGAAACACCCCUAAGUACGGUCUUCUGUACCACUCUUCUUUCAUUGGCAAGGCUGGCCCCAAGAACAAGGGUCGGAUCUCUCGAUUCCUUGCGAACAAGUGCUCUAUCGCCUCUAGAAUCGAUAACUUCUCUGAGGAGCCUACGACCAAGUUUGGUGAAGUCCUCAAGAAGCAAGUUGAGGAGCGUUUGGAGUUCUAUGCUACCGGAGCGGCCCCUACUAAGAAUGAAAUUGCUAUGAAAAACGCCAUGGAUGCUGUCUUAGCUGAUAUGGACGUCGAUGUGGAUCAGAGCGAUGAAGAGAUGGAAGAUGCUGAGGCUGAGAGCAAGAAGGAGAAAAAGGACAAGAAGGAGAAGAAGGAAAAGAAGGAGAAGAGUGAGAAGAAGGAGAAGAAGAAGGAGAAGGGCGACAAGGAGGAGAAGAAGAAGAAGAGGAAGUCCGAUGUUGGUGAGGGCGAGUCUGAGAAGAAGAAGCGGAAGCACGACAGCGAUGCUGAGCCGUCCAAGAAGAAGAAGAAGGUUUAAAUGCACCAUUUUCUGGGACACGAGGGCGUCAUUGUCGCGGCGUUGUAGGGUUGAUUUUGAGUUUAUAUUUUCCUAUCUAUGUUUUGUUUUACUUCACGACUUGUUGGGCUGGGUAUUUGUAAAUUAUUCGAUUGAGGCCUCCGUCGUGCUAAAAUUUUGUCUG